AUGAAAGACACUUCACCUCCAAUUCUUCCUCUUCAAGUUGUUCGUAAUGGCACGCCUUCUCGGAAGGAUCAACUCUCCGAAGAAGAAGAAGUAAAUCUUCAACUUUAUGGAUGUCAAUUAAUUCAGGAUGCUGGAAUUUUAUUGGAAUUACCACAGACCACGAUAUCUAACGGUCAGAUUAUAUUUCAUCGGUUUUAUAUGAAGAAAUCCAUGAAAGAAUUUUGUGUGAGACAUGUAGCUAUGGCUAGUCUUUUUAUUAGUUGCAAAAUUCAAGAAACUCAUCGCUCCUUGUUUCAUUAUCUUCAAGUUUUCAUUGAUUUAAUUUAUCCCGAACUCUACUAUAUAUCACCAGAGAUUGUGGAUUUGUUAAAAUCACACUUGAUUAGAACUGAAAGAUAUAUUCUGGUUGAAUUAGGAUUUACAUUCUAUAACAUUGAACUUCCUCAUCAGUAUAUUUUGUUUGUCAUGCACAUUUUGGAAGGUCAUGAAGAUUUAACUCAAACUGCUUGGAAUUAUUGUAACGAUGCAUUGAGAUCUUCUGUUUUGAGUCUCUCUACAAAACCACAAGUGAUUGCAUGCGGAGCUGUUUUCAUGAGUGCAAAAGAUCACACAAGAGCACUUCCCGAAAAUCCACCUUGGUGGCAACUAUUUAACACCACUCGUGAAGACUUGGAAUUUGUUGAAACACAUUUAAAAGAAAUGUAUUCAAGGCCAAAAGCUAGCUACAAGGAUGUACUGAGAGAAAAUUCUCCAUCUCGCGUUGGGCUUGCUGACAUUGAGAGUCAAAUUGAUAAUAACAAAAAACUGAAAAUAACAGAAGAAGCAAGAGAAUCAAAAAGAAGAGGAUAUGAAGAUCAAGGAAUUCGCAAUUAUUACAAUGCUGGGUCAAGCAGCGGAUACAGCAGUAGCAGUAGUAGUAGCUAUUCUGGACAAAGACCUCCACCCUCAAGCUCUAGAGGAGGGCAUCGAUACCAAAAACAUGUCAGUGACCAUAAGAGAAGAUAA